GUCUGUGCGUGCGUGUGUGCGCGGGCACGCCCCUACUACCCUCACUCCGCUCUCUGGAAGUCACAGUUGAAUAUUUAGCGUUGAAGCGCUCAGGAUCCUCUGCCCGCCCGGAGAGAGACGCACCGGGAGACACGAGGCGCACACGCAUCGUCCCACAAUGACCGUAGAGAGAAUAUUCGACGAGAUCGGACAUUUCAAACGAUUUCAGGCAUGUCUGUACUUUGCAGCAGUCUUCCAGGCCGUAGCCUGUGGGAUCCACUACCUGGCCUCUGUAUUCUUAGUGCAGACACCAAACUUUGUGUGUGGAGGGCCAGGCAACAUCACUGAGGUCCUAUAUGGUAACCUGACGGCGUCCAGCCUGGAAGACAUUCUACCAAUCUUCAAGGCGGGGACUGGGCCCUUGGUAGUGACGACGGCUGAGGGAGAACAGUGGGAGCUCAGCAGGUGCAGCGCCAUGCGUAUCAACCCACAACCCUUUAGAAACAACUUAUAUACCAACAAAACAGUGAAAACCUGCGAUGGUAACUUUGUUUACGACCUCACUGAAGUUCACCAAAGCAUUGUAACCGACUGGGACUUGGUGUGCGAAAAGGACUGGCUGGCUAAGCUGUGCCAGCCCACUUUCAUGAUGGGAGUGCUGAUCGGAGCGUUGGUGUUUGGGGACAUUGCUGACAGAAUUGGUCGCGUGAGGAUCAUGAUGUUCACCAGCCUGUGUCAGUUCGUGCUUGGGGUUUCUGUAGCAUUCUCUGGAAACUAUUAUAUAUUUGUGGUGCUCCGCUUUCUUCUUGCAAUGGUGUCCAGCGGCUACCUCGUGGUGGUGUUUGUCUACGUCACUGAGUUCACUGGAAUUAAGGUACGCACAUGGACCUCUAUGCACGUGCACGCGGCCUUUGCUGUCGGCAUCAUGGUGGUGGCUCUGACCGGUUACCUGGUGCGGGUCUGGUGGAUCUACCAGAUCAUUCUCUCCACCUGCACCUCGCCUUUCCUGAUCUUCUGCUGGAAGUUUCCUGAAACACCCUUUUACUUGAUGGCCAAGGGCCGUUACAAGGACGCUCAGACCCUGCUGGACACGAUGGCCCGCUUCAACGGCCUUGAAUGCAAGCUAAAGGUGCAGGAGCUGCUGGAGCCGAAGGACAGAGAAAAUGGCAAACCUCUGCUGGAGACGGAGGAGGAGGAGCGGCAAGCACAGUCUGAAAAGAAGCUUUCCAUCCUGGAUCUGUUCGGCAGCUGGAGGAUGGCGGGCCGUACAUGCACAGUGUGGUCCAUCUGGUUCAUCGGCAGCCUGGGCUACUAUGUCUUCUCUUUGGGAUCAGUCAACUUAGGAGGAAACCAGUACAUGAACCUCUUCCUAGCUGGUGCCGUGGAGGUCCCCUCUUAUCUGGUUGGCUGUUUUGCAAUGGAUCGGAUUGGCAGGAAGAAGACUUGUGCCCCAGCUCUGCUCCUGGCCGGGGUCGCUUGUAUGCUCAUCAUUGUGGUACCUGCUGACAUUGAUGCACUGGCCAUCGCUCUGUGUAUGAUAGGGAAGUUUGCAAUCGCAAUCGCCUUUGGUCUCAUCUACCUAUACACCUGUGAGCUUUACCCAACCAUUAUCAGGUCUCUGGCAGUGGGUAGUGGCAGUAUGAUGUGCCGUGUGGGCAGUGUGGUGGCCCCCUUCUGUGUGUAUCUGGCUGAUUACUGGAUCUACCUACCUCAGCUCAUCGUGGGAAUCUUGGCUUUCAUUAUUGGAGUGCUGACGUUGUUGUUGCCUGAGACCCUUGGCAGACCUCUCACAACCACUUUGGAAGAGGCUGAAGCUCUGGGAAGGGAGUCCAUCAAGAACAACUCGACCCUGGGCAAUAAAGAUGCUGAGGACGGGUUGGAGAUGAACCAACAUGAAGCCAAGGCCUGAGUUGUACACUGCUGGAAACCCAGAGAGACUGACUUACAAUGAAGCUUUGAGGGACACAAAUAAAGGAAAAGAGAGAGGAAAAGGUGCCUGCAAAAAGUGGAAAGAGUACCAUCAUUGAUUUUGUUAAUUGUUAAAUAGAAAUGAAAAAAACCUUGAGCUUUUAUAAGAACUUGAAAGGCCAUGUUUGUCAUAUUAGUAAGGCUGCUAGACUGUCAGAUGGCCAGAAAUGCAAAAAUAACACCCACAUUGUACAGAACUGAAAUAAUCUUUUAUAAAGGAAAUGAUUUAGAUACCUCCCUAACUGUUCGAUCAAAAGAGUUGGACAUUGCUGUGCCUGGAAGCUAUAGUAUUAAUGCAUACAUAAUUAUUCAUUAUAUUAUUCUAAACACACAAUGCAAUUCAUCUGUCCAUGAUACACAAAAUGGAAUGUUAUAUUCUAAAGAAUUGGUGCCUUAUUUUUUUUAAGUGACCUUUUAUAAUGUUAAUUAUUUUUAUCUCAGGGCAUUCAGUUUUGGAUAUCACUGUGAAACUAUCCUGACUGUACCUUUUACUUUCAAACUUUGACAGUUCCCUCAAUUCUAUCUUGUUUAAGAUGCUGUUGCUAGCUUUAACUUUGUUAUCUGAUGUAAGUGUGUUUGUGAGCUUUCUUGUAUGAGUUUGUUGUUGAUGUCCUAGUUAUUGUAAUGAUUUUUCUAUUCAUGCAAACUAGGUGCUGGACAUAAUGAAGGAAAUGUAAUAUCUCAUUAGAUUAUGUUCCAGAGUAAAAAUGUGAUCUCUAGUGUUUGGACCAAAGACAGGGAUAAACCACAGCAGUGUGGAGAUGUAUUCACCUGCUUUGCAAUAUUGGAGUAUAGUACUAGCAUGUUGGUUUUUUUUGUUUCAUAUGAAACUAGUGGCUCAAUAAAUCAUGAUAAUCAACUGACAUCCUAACAAUAACGACCAGAAGAUGAAAGUGUUGAUAUUUAUUCAUCAAUUCCGAAGAGUUUGACAAUCAACAGUUUUCUCGAUUUGUAAAUGAACAGUUUGUUUGUUUCAUUUAAUUAUUGACAAAUAAAUUAUCUUCUUUAUUACA